UUUUUUUAAAAAAAAAUGAUUUAAAAAUAACUUGUGCAAAACUAAUUUUUUAAAGUUGCAACCCGCGAUAAAAAUUCAUUUUUAAUGAAUACGAUAAAUAUUUGUUAGCAUGCGCCACAAAAAGCAUCUAAAAUGCAAUUCCAAUGAAUUCAGCACUUAAUUGAAUAUUUCAAAUAUUAAUCGGAUUUUGAUUUCCAAGAAUUAUAAAUUAGGCAAUUUGUUAUAUUUUAUUUCAAACACGUGGAGGUGCAAUAAAUGUGAUACAAAUAAUUUCCUUAUAAAUUUUAUAUGUGGAACUCAAAUAUUAAUCAAAUGGUGAUAAACGAAAAUAAAUUUUAUCACAAUUGGGGAUUAUCACAUUAUUGAAUUAUCGAUGAAGUUUAAAAUUUCAUGGCACAUACAUUUAUGAAUAUUUUUUGUUGUUUUUUUUUCAAUUUUAAGAAUACAAUGGAAUCUGAAGCAAUUAUAGUGAGUUUUAUUCUAAAUUUGUGAAUCAACUUUUUUUAAUUUUAAUUUUUCUUCAUAAAAGCUGGACGGAUCUGUGAAUAAUUACAUCAUUCCAUCUUUAAAGCUGGAUGAUGGAUGGUUCAUCUUCUCAACUAUUUCAAAAUUUCUUUCAUCAAUAACUCCAAAUGAUAUGCCACUUAUUUACUGCAUUCUCGAGCUCCUUCGGGAUGCAUUUCAAUCGAAAGUUUCCAUCUUACGGAUAAUUCUUGAGGUAAGAAAUAAAACUUAUGCUAAUGAAUGAAUAUCGGGUGGUAAACUUACUUUUAGAUCACUUUAUUCUAUGUUGAAGUUUGGUUGAAUUCAAAAGAAUUUCAUGAUUUACAACCAGAAGGUUUUUGUUUGAAACUUUUGAAAUCACUUAAAGUGUCCAAAUGUUUUAUUUCAAACCGAUUAAAAUUACUCUCCUUUGCUGAAUUUUAACAAGGCACUCAAAAUGGAAUCAGGAUACAUCUGCUUGAUUUUGAUAAUCUUCUUGAUUUCCAUCAUUCCACUUGGAUAUACAAUCUCUUGGUUUUGCUCGAAAAACAUUCACAUUAAGGCAAAUAGCAUUAGCGAUAUUAUGCAUACAAAUUCUCAAGUCAUACUGCCAGACGAUAUAAUUUUUCAUGACGAAUGCAGAGAUAAAUUAGAUAAACUUAACUGCCGUAAAAAAGUUUAUGUAUUCAUUCUCCAAUUUUUGGUUACAAUCUGUGUAUGCUCGAUUCUUUCCAUGUUUGUCAUCAACGAGCAAAUAUCAAUUUCAAUCAACGAUGCACCAAACGUUUUAAGAUCUGCUUUAAAAGAUAUUGAAUUCUUCGUUAAAAGCUCAAAUCAUCAAUUGCAGUCCGAGACAUUUGAUCAGUUUGACAAAGCAAGAGAGAAGAUAAAGAUCGAUUUGGAAGACAUUGAUAAACUAUUAGGAGAAAGAAUCAUAAGGGAAAUUUCUUUUAAAACUGGUCUGGAUAUAACUUUUGAGUCUACUGGUUUGAUUCUUGAGAGCACACGAAACUUAUCAGGCCGAGUUCACCAUUUGCUGAAUGAUGUUGUAGUGAAAACAUUAAUGUUUUCUGCUGAUGCUGCAUCAAAAGUAGAUGACAUAAUCAUUCAAUUGUCUGUUUUACAACGACAAUGUAGUUCUAGAGAUCGUCCACUGUGUGAUACAUUAAAAGUAAAAAGUUUUGAGGAAGUUGGAUUCAUUGAGAAGUUGAAAUUUCUAAACUACAAUUCAAUAUUGCAAAAGUUACGAAGUAUGAAUGAGAAUUUAUAUGAUAAUAAUUUGAAGGAACUAACAGAUGAAUUAGCAAUCACUAAAAAAGUUUUCCGAAAUUACUCAUAUCAACUAAAGCAAGACAGUGCAAGACAAAAGGAAGAAAUUAUGAAACAAAUUUCAAUUAUGAGGAGUGGAUUAAAUGAAACUAUUCAAAGAUUAUCGUCAGUUGUCAAGAAUGUUCUUGACCGGAUUGGGGCUGUUUGGCAGAAAGUUCUUCCAAUUAUGGACAAUUUCAAUGAAGCAGGAUACAUCAGCUGGUUGAUUGGAUUAAUAACAUGUACUUCCACACUUGUUGUUACACUGUUCCUCAUUGUCCCACUGAGCUGCUCUUGCUGUCACGUAGAUAAUAUAGCUGGUAUCACAUUUCAAAUGUCUGCAUGUAUUUUAUCAAUUUUUUGUACUUUCCUUGGAUUUUUUACAAUUUUUGAAGUCCUUAUAGGCGGACACGGUGAAGUAUUUGUCUGUAGAGCUCUUUAUGAAAAGCCUGAAUAUUUUGUUAUUGGAAGACUUUUUGAUAAUCCUGGAAUAAUGUACGAUCAAGCACCAACAAAUGGAAUUUUAACGAAUCUUUUAGUUUCAUCUGAACACAAUUUAAAACAAUUCUCAAAUGUAUCAUUAAAAACAGCAUUGACUGAGUGUGAAAUGAAUAAAUCAGCAUAUAAUGUAUUUCAAAUAGAUAAUUUAUUAGAUCUUAAAAACACUCUAAAUUUUAAAAACUAUCCGGAUCUUGUGAGGUCAAUAAACAAUAUAAAGGCACAUGAAUCACAAUUCAUAUCACUAACCGAACGUAUUCAAUACUUUUUAAGUGAGUUAUAUCAUGAAUCAAACUUUAAUUUUACAUCCUUCCGAUUGGACAUUCAACAAAUUUCGCCGGAAAAGGAAAUGACAAAUUUUAUUGAUCAAAUGCAAAGAGUAUCAUUGCAAAUUAAUGAUGCCUCGACUGCUAACAGAAUGGCAACAUUAGCAUCAGUAGCAAUAAGAAUACAAAAGAAUAUGUUGAUACCAUUAGAAAUUUUAAAAAAUGAUAUAAUAUUUGAAGUAACUGCUUUAGAAUUACAAAUAAAGCCAUGGAUGGAAAAAAUUAAAGAAAUAGAAACAAGUUAUAAUCAGACACAAGUGUUCCUUAAUCAAAAUGCACAAGAGAUAUGUGCAAAUUUCUCUGAGGGCUUCAGAAAUCGUUUAAGGAUGAAUUUAGAAAGUUUUAAGAAUGAAAACCUUGAGAAAUUGAAUACCGAUUAUGGAUGCCAAUCAUUAUUUGACGUUUUUGAUGGAAUCCGAUUAUUAACUUGUGGACACAUAAUUGAACCUAUCAAUGGAUUAUUCUUUAUAUCAUUUAUACUUCUCAUACUGUGGGUCAUAUCAACACCUGUUUCAUUGCUGUUAGCAUCAACAUAUGCAAAAAUUGAAAGUACUCAGCAAAAACUUUGUCGGACGAAUUCACAUCGAAGUUACAAUGAAGGACCAACAAUCGAUGAGAUUGUGAAUCGAAAUCGUGAAGUAACAUGGUCCUCUAGACCUCAAACAUCAAUCGAUUCAAAUUGGUGAUUUUCAUUCCUUUUUUUUUAUUUAUCAAUGCAUUUUAGUUAUUGUAAUUUUGAUAUUUGUAUCACAUAAUUCAUGAAUUAUCAUAUUAACGUCGAAAAUAAAUUGGAUUUUCCAUCAAAACACAUUCAAUAUGAACGAAGUUAUUUCAUGUCUUUUUCAUAAAUCUCAAAAUUAUUUUCGUAUUAUGAACACACUUUUUAUUACUGAUGCGAACUUGGCCUUAAAAUCCGAGCCCUAAUUUUUAUCGCCCGACUUUUCUUAUGCCUACGUUUAUCAGCCGUAAAAAAAAAUCCCAAGUUUCUAAACACUUGGCGUUCAAUGGAGAGAGAGUAUCAGAAGGGUUUCAUGGAGAGGGGGGUUAUAAAGUAUUUGUAGGGUAAGUCAUUUAUAAUUUAUAUUAUUAAGAAGAAAAUAAAUAAUUCAUAAAAUUCAUUUUGGGGCCAAGUUCACAUCAGUCUUUUUUUUUCAUAAAUAUAUUUGCAUUUUUUUCCACCAUUCGCAAUUUUGUCACUUUCAAAAUUUUCUCGGCAACAGAAUCAUGCAUCAUUGUCAGUAAAACAGCAUGACGUUAACAUUUUUGACAUUCAACAUUGUGUAUUAUUCUAUAUGUCUCUUUAGGUCGACUGGAGAUGAGUUUGUUGUAAUAGAAUUUGACGAUAGUGAUUUUAGAGAAAGUCUUAUUUAAAAAAUAAAAGGCUCUGAGUUAUAAUAUUUGUAUAAAGAUAUGUAAUAAGUAUAACAAUUUAUUAAUCAGACAAACGUAAUGAAAUUUAUUAGGCACCAUAUUAUUUCUUUAAUAAUGAUUAAGUCUAUUAAAAGUUGAAAGCUUCCUUCUAUUAGAUCUGUAAAAAUUAGUAAAAUUAGUCUAAUUGAUCCGAAAAUACAAAGAGCAUGCUCAGAAAAGUGAACAUAUAAGUGAGUCUACUCAAAAAUUAUACUCAUGCAAGCUCAUUCUACUGAGCAUACUCAGGAGUUCAUUACGAAUGUACUCACUUUGUUUUUUUGCAAAAAAUUUAUAAGCUCACGUGAGUACAUUCAACGAGUGUACUCAUGAGAAUAUUAAGAACAUACUUAUGUGAAUACACUCGUAUGAGUGCACUUACUGAACAUUCUCAUAAGAAUAAAAAGAACAUACUCACUUCUGUGUGACAUAAUUUUUUUACGUUCUCAUAUGAGUGCACUUACUGAACAUGCUUAUGGGAAUAUUAAGAACAUACUGACAUUUUUCAAAAAAAGUCGACUUGCAUAAAAAUGUAUUCUUUGUUCGAUUUUAAGCUGGUCGACAUUUUUGAAAAUGUCGACUUACAUAAAAAUGUGUUUUAAGUUUAAUUUUAAGUUGGUCGACAUUUUUCAUAAUAUGUUCUCAUGAUCGUGCUCUGAUCAACUCAAAUAUUUCAUAAAAAUAUAGUUCAAUUAAGCAGCGUAUCAAACUUCAAAGAACUUACUUUGCCUGUAAUAAUAUAAUAAUUUAAGCAUGUGUUUUGCCAUAUAAAAAUUAUUAUAUAUUUACAGAAAAUUGCUCCAAUGAAAAGUGUGAGGUGACAGAAGUU